AGCUCGGCCAGCUAACCAGUCAACCUGCGACGCUGCGCUCGGACGAUCGGUUGUUUCCUCGCGAACACAACAACAUAACACACGUAUAUGCGUAUCGCACAGUCACCGAGAGAGCCUCGGCUGCCGAUGAGCCGAAGCUGAAACGAUCCUCGUCUCACUUUCUUUCCUUUUUUUUUUGUUUCCCCCCUUUGGUUUUUACACGCUCGUUCGUGCGUUAGUUCCUUGGUUCGUGUCCCCCUCGAUGGCUGUAUGGUCGUUUCGCGUCGGCCGGUAUCGGUAAUCGACAACGACGAGGAGGCGAUCGCGACCGUUGUGCUGUCCACGUCGUCCAAACGGUUCGCGGUUUUCGGUCGGUUCCCGUGUAUAGCAAAUGAGGAGCCGCGCCGCUGUGACAACGUGAUUUGUAUACAAUAACCAACUGCAGGUGUGCACAGUUGUAACUUUUUGGAGGCGAGUGUGACGGUAGGGUUGAUACGCGAAAGGGGGCACAAUGGGCAUGGAGAAGGAGGCGAGGAAGCCGUCGGGCAAGGACUUCAAGACGCUCGAGUUCAAAAGGCCCGUCAAGUUGACCAAAAAACAGGCGUUCAAGCUGUUCAUCUGGAAUCCGGAGACCAAUGCCUUCUGCGGCAGGACCGCCGGUAGCUGGGGAAGGAUCGGCCUGUUUUACAUGAUAUUUUACGGAGUCCUAGCUGCUCUGGUCGCCAUUUGCUUCUGCGCGUUCUUACAGACCAUCGACGUGAGGAGACCGAGGUGGCAGCUCGAAAAAUCGCUCAUAGGCACGAAUCCAGGCCUGGGAUUUAGACCUCUGCCGCCAGCGGUCAACGUCGAGAGCACCCUCAUCUGGUACAAGGGAACCGACAAGGGUAACUACCAGUACUGGGUCAGCGCGCUCGAGGAUUUCCUGCGAAAGUAUCGUCGUCCCGGUCAGAAUCCCGGAAGCGGUGCCAACAUCCACACCUGCGAUUACAACCAUCCUCCGGGGCCUGGACAGGUCUGUUCGGUCGAUGCGAGAGAAUUCGCACCCUGCACCUUCGAAAACCACUACGGUUACCACAAAUCCUCGCCCUGCAUAUUCCUCAAGCUGAACAAGAUAUUUGGCUGGAGACCCGAGUACUACAACGAUUCGUCGGCGCUGCCCGAAAAGAUGCCCAACAAACUGAAGACCCACAUAAGAAGGAUAGAGGAUCCGCGGAUGCGCAACAACAUUUGGGUGUCGUGCGAGGGUGAAAAUCCCGCGGAUCAGGAGAACAUCGGCCCCAUCAACCUUUACCCGAGGAUGGGCUUCCCGGGCUACUAUUACCCGUUCGAGAACAGCGAGGGAUACCUGAGCCCCCUCGUGGCCGUGCACUUUGAGAGACCAGCCACUGGAGUCCUCAUAAACGUCGAGUGCAAGGCUUGGGCAAAGAACAUCAUACACAAUCGUAACGAGAGGCAAGGCUCGGUGCACUUUGAGCUUCUCAUCGACUAAUCCGUUUACACCCACCAGGAGUACGAGAUAAAAGCACAUCUCCUGUCAUCCCUCAGCGACACUGGGCUCUUUGCGUCACGGCGGAGCAGUGUUUCAUCCAUACACCGUUGCACCCAACGAGCCUCGACGUCUUCGUUGCGAGCGUAUUACACAAUUAUACGUUAUUCCUCAUUGUGACCGUUGCAUCGCCAUCGGCAACAGCUUUUCGCGCUUCGAUUUUUCAAACUCACGCGCCAAAGUAAUACCAAACGAUACACGUUCAUGUGCAGGGCCCGAAGCAGUUGCCUCUUGUCUUUGGUGAAGGUAUCGAAGGAUCGCCCGUACAAAAAGUACAUAUAACAAGUGAACGACCUUCCACCACACGCGUAAAUUCAUGUAUCGUGAUUAACAAACGUUGCGCUGAAGUUGAGUGAGUCGUCGGUCACUAUAUUUAUCGACAAAUAGUUAAAGUGAUGAUGAGAGAGAGUAUUACAAUAAUUCAUACAAUGUUAGCGACGUGUACAUUUUAUUGAAAAAGACAACGCGUAUAAUAGGUUGCGUAUAGACGCGUACACGUGUAGUAAGGUUUGAUCGUAGAUUAUACACAUAUUAUUAAACGUCAUAUCUAUAUUACCACAUAUAGGUUAUUUCUCGACGAAGGGGAAAAAAAACAAAUAGUAAAGGAGGAGCUACAAUCUCAGCGUAGAAUUUUUAGCGUGUUAUACUAUGUAUAUGUUCGUCUUGUUUCAAUUGUGAGCGCAUGUUAAUUUUGUAAAGGACUAUAAUAUUAAUGUUACAGUGCUGAUGUACGCGUGCAAUGGGUGCGGUAUUGGUCAGUCUGGUGUUUUUAAGAGCAUUUGUAUUUUCAGACAAAUAUAGUUUACUCAAAGUACAUUUUAGAAAAAAACAGAAAGUUUGGUUUUGCGAUUGCAUACACAUCCGAAAUACUGCUGCCAUUUUCAAAUAAAAGUUUCGUUUUCACGUAUAUUUUGAAAUACAAAUGCAUUUGAAAAUACUUGACCCUUCCGUGGAUGUAAACGUUGAAGCAUAUUGGUCACCAUUUUCAGUUAGUUUCAAACUAGAAAGUCAAUCAUUAAUUUUUUUAAGCGUAUGUUUCGUCUUAGUCUUUAUUUUGCAACUUGAGAGUCCAAUGAACGUAAAUAUAGUUGUUAACAAUUUUUCGUCGAAGAUAGAAAAAAAAAAAAAAA